AUGAGCCAGACUAGCAAUAAAUCAAAAAUGACAGUAACCCGGGAUAGUGAAAACUCGUCAGACAAAUUGUUAAAAAAUAAAAACGAUAAUGAGUUACUGAAUGACGAUCAACAAAAUCCUGCUUCGUAUCAAAUCAGUCCUCAGCUUGCUGACAAAGGAGCUGGAGUUAAAAUAGGAACCCGGUGUCUAUGGGACGCGGAAGCUGAUGAUUAUGCCCAUGGAAAUUUUAUCAAUGAAUCGAUAUUUUGUGUUGCAUGUGUCUACGCCGUAUUUUUUUACUAG